UUGUGAGUGUCUUUACAAGUGGAUGUGGAUAUUUCGAGUUAACAAUAUAGUAAAUUAAUUGUGUAGUAAUCAUGUGAUAAAGCCGGACGCAAUUUAGCAAACUAUUCAUUAUUUCCCCCCUAAUAUUAUUUGUUUAACAAAAGGAGUCAUGAAUUAUACUACAACACGAAACGCAUUACGUAUGCUUAUCUAUCAUAUUAAUAGUUUAGGUGUGGGUUGUACAAAUAAGAUUAGGUAAAUCUAAAAAUAUACAAGUGAAGAUGAUAAUAUGAAUAUAUCAACAAAAGUAAAGCGUAUUUUGAUACCUCCUAAGUUUAUAAACAAUGUGAUACAGUGCUCAAUUUCAAGAAGUUAUGUACAAUACACAGUAUCGGAGAAAACCCUUACAGGAAGAAUUAUAUCCUAUUUAAACCCGAAUAAGGAGGAAAGUAAUGUUGCAGACUCAACAAAACUUCUCCAAACAAUUCAAUAUAACCCACAGUACAUCUUGAAAGAUGCCAAGUUGCAAGAUUUACACAAAUGGAUAAAACUUAUUCCGAAAAAACAAAAUUUAUUUCAACUUAUAAAUAAGGAAUGCACCAAACGAAUCCACUCCAUGAAUAAUCAGGAAAUAUGUAAUUUAUUGCAUUCGUUUGUGAAAGUAUUCCCAUCUCAAAUUGCAAAGACUGAAUUUUACAACGCAAGCAUGGAUAUUUUAUUCCAAAAUGUGAACUCACUUGGAAAAAAUGAGUUGGUGCAACUCAUAUUUUUUGCUGGACUUCAGAAGAAAACCAAGAGAUCUCAAAUCAUUCUUAAAGGCAGUUUAAGAUGUCUCGAUCCUUAUUUAGAUGAACUUGAUGUCCACCAGUUGUGCAUUAUUUGUAACUCUUUUUUCAAAACAAGCACCAAGUUAAGUCCUAAGGUUCUUAAUCUCACAAAAAAAUUUAUCAGCAAUAAUUUGGAAGUUUUGAAGGAUCCAGCAUUGUUUGUAGCCUUUAUCAAGGUUUUAAGGCAAAAUAAGGAUCAAACUGAGGAGUUGCUGACCAACAUAUCCUGUGCUAUAUUUUUUAAUAAAACUUUGCAAUUAUAUUCGUUUACUGCUAUUUGUCAUAUAUUGGCGUUGUAUUCGGAUUUUUUAUAUUACGAUGAAAAAUUAUUUGAGCAUUUUGUGAGGUUGGGACUGGAUCAAAUUAGUAAUGAGCCUAAAAAAAUUAAAGCAUAUGAUAAUAUGGAUACUGUGAGAAAUAAGGAUAUCAACCGAUUUAUUUGGUCUUUGGCCAAUGUGAACUACCAGAAUCUAACCCAGGAUCACAUAGAAACUAUCAUAGUGAAAAAAAUCUUCCAAAGAAUUGAUAAAGGGGAUUUUUUGGGAAGUCCUGAUUUGUUAAUUGAAAUGCUUUUAAGCUUGUGGAUUUUAAAUUACAGAUCCUAUGAUAUGUUGUCCUAUGUUUUGACUCAAACCAAUAUUAUCAAAAUUCGAGAAUCUGCCUCUCCAGUAAAACAAAGACUAAACCUACUUUUAUCUUGCAUUUAUCUGGAAGAUCCAAAACUGUUUCAGAACCUAAACUUGGACCCGUCAAUGUUUACCACAUACAAAGCAGAUUUGCAAAUCAAAAAGAGACAAGAUCUGCAAAGAGUUUUCAACUGCCUGAAUUUAAUCGCUAAAACGCAUGAAAUUAACAGAUUUGAGUUGGUUAGUCAGGUACCACAUUUGAAUAUUGUUGGGAUUGCAGGUUAUAAGAAAAAAAUAUACAAAAUGUUGCAUGUUGAGGUGCUAGAUGAUCAUACGUCUGUGAAAAAUACAGAUAGCUUGCCCAUUGGGUUAAUGGAGCUUAAAUUAAGACUCUUAGAUAAAACUGAGGAAGGUUUAGUUAUUGUUGAUUCCAAAGAAAUUUGUGAUAUGACUGAACAUGAACUGCAGCUACACUUGGUUGAAUCGAUAAAUUUAGUUACUUAAAGGCUGAUUUUUAAUAAAAAAUAAUUUAUUUUGGAACUGGAUUGUUUUCUUUGAAACUUGUUUUGUGAUUAUUAUUAAUAAAU